AUGCCGCUGAGCUGCCACAAUACCACUGCUGUUUCUGAUACUUGUCGCUUCGUCUAUCCUGGUGGUCAGCUCCUUCUCACGCAAUUCUGGGAUACUAACCCGUCUACUGGCCCUAAUAACUCGUGGACAGUCCACGGCCUCUGGCCCGACAAUUGUGAUGGAACCUACGAGCAAAACUGCGACAGCUCUAGAGCGUACACCAACAUUACGGCCAUUCUUGAAGAAGCAGACCCCACUACGCUGGAUUUCAUGAAGAUAUACUGGAAAGACUACCAAGGCAAUGAUGAAAGUUUCUGGGAGCACGAAUUUGGGAAGCAUGGCACAUGUAUCAGCACUCUUGAGCCACGGUGCUAUCCCAACUAUAAGCCCACUCAAGAGGCUGUCGACUUCUUCAGGAGGGCUACGACCUUGUUCCAAACCCUUCCAUCAUACGAUUGGCUUGCUUCCGCCGGCAUCUAUCCAUCAACGACGGUGACGUAUACUCUGGCCAAGAUCCAAGAUGCUCUUACCGUGCAUCAUGGCCAGAACGUCGUCAUAAACUGCGACGGAAAUGGUGAGCUCAACGAAUUAUGGUAUCACUACAACGUCCGUGGUUCGGUCCAGAACGGCACAUUUGUUCCCGUCGAGCCUGUUGGUGCUCCAUCUACUUGUCCCAAAACCGGUAUCAAGUAUCUGCCCAAGUACAGCACCCCUACAUUCACAACAACUGUCAGGACGGCCACCCGUACGUCUUCGACCACGGGCACAGCUACUCAUCCGAGCGUACCAUCUGGUGUUCUCUCUGGGAAGGGUUACUUGUUUGUCGACACUCCUGGCACAACGAGUGGUGGCUUUCUAAUCAGCCGUGGAACUUGGUACCGCGACAGCGGCGGUACUCCCGCUACUUACACUGCCACGCCUAACGCGGAUGGCAGAACGUUCGCUUUAAACACUAGCAAGGGAAAGUGUGCUAUCUUGAGCGACUCCUCUCUUAGCUGCGAUACUUCUAUCACUACAGGUAGCAGCUUUGGCUGGGACGGCGCACACCUAGUUUUUGAGGGAUUGUCGACAUUUUAUGCCACAGAGGUUCCAACCGGACAGGGGCAGGGCCUGGUCUACGCGAGCCCUCAGGCAAUUUUGUUGCAGAUUAUCUGGAGUCCGUCAUAG